CAUGCUCCUGAUCCUGCACAUGCACCUGCACUGCCCAUGCCUGCAGAUCGCGAAGGCGAAGCCAUGGAAGAAGCAGAACAACCCGCGCAAGUUCCUCCAGCUCCAGCCUACGAAGCAUCUUUUGUAAACAGGAAGGGAUAUCACUCCAUCAACGUGCAAGCAGUGGUUGACGAUAAGGGAAAAUUCACCAAUGUAGUUGCACGUUGGCCAGGGGCAACCCAUGAUGCCUUUAUUUGGAGGAACAGUGACCUUAAAGAGCACCUGGAACUGACAAACCCCAGAGGUGAAGAUGGACUGUUGCUAGGAGAUAGUGGAUACCCUUGUAUGCCGUAUCUCAUCGUCCCGUACGGAGCACCCACAACAGAAGCCCAGCAGAGAUUGAACACUUCGUUAUGUGCCACAAGAGUGAGGAAAGAACAUGCCUUUGGAGUGUUAAAGAGGAGGUUCCAUGUUCUCCAUGGGGAGAUUCGUAUGCAGCCAGACCGUGUAGUUAAGAUCAUCUCUGCCUGUUUUGUCCUGCAUAAUAUUGCAAAGAUGAGAGGAGAACGUGACCCCCGGCCAGAAGACGACGACAGUGAUGACGAAGAAGAUGAUGAAGAUGAUGAUGAGGAGUAUGCUGGCCCAAACUCUGGCAGUGUUUACAGGGACUACCUCGCCAAUCGCUACUUUGCUUAAUUGA